AAAUUGUCGAAACAAAACAUCAGUUCAUGGCGCAUUUAUAGACCUAAGCCAAAAAAAAUGUCGUCGCUAGUCCCCAAUAUCCCCCUCCCCUCGCCAUGGACCACUCCACUUACACACAGAAUGGCAGAAUUGGUGGACCAAAGUUGUUGUGCCGUGGAAACAUGCCUGAACUACUUGACGAGCCUCCGCCCAACGGAUAUACGGCAGACCCUUGAAUAUCUCGGCGUGCACCACUCCGAGGUGCUGUUCGGGCUGCUGGCGUUCGUCUUGUUUCAGUUCACCAAAUUCACGGCUAUUCUUCUCCUUGCCGUUUUUUUGGCUUAUUGCAUUUUCUACUGGUGGGAUACGUUCUUCCCAGGACUGAGCCAUCGAGAGUCUGGACUCUCGCGGCGAGAUGAUUACAUCCAGGGAGGUGCCAGCUACCUUGCCUCCUUUCCCGAUACAACGGACAAAACUGAGUACCGCGAUGAGCUAACAAAUACAAGAUUGCCGCCUUUCUACGGAACAACGAGUGCCGAUCCCAGUCCGGUGAAUUCUGAUUAUGGGCCAGGUGAAGUCCCACGAAGGUCGAAAGCUGCGCCACAUCAAACCAUGCGAAAUAAUGAAGCACAGACAGUAUCGACGGCAUCUAGUCGAACGAAUACAACUGAUCCAAAAGCAGAUCAAGAGAACAAGAUGCUGGUACCCAUGCUCCCGCACAACAAAUUGGUGGGCAGCAGCAAAACAAUGCGCGUCUGGAGCAGUGGAAUGGAAUCAAAGAGAGAAUCCCUCAAAAUGCCAGGGCAGGAUGACCGAAAAUCACUUAAUUCACCCACAGAGAAUAUCCGAAAGUCGUCAAAUUCGCCCGGUGAGAAAUCAGCCACCCCGACAUCAGAGAAUCUCCGAAAAUCGUCCACUCCACUCUCAGGGAACAAACAAAGAUUGUCUACUCCGACCACAGAGAAUGUCCGAACCUCUUCAUUAGGCAAACCCGAAAGGGUGUCCGAUGGCUCCAUAUCAACGCCUGUAUUCAGCCAUAAUGGAACGACCCCCAGGGCAACCCUUGAAUCCUCGAACAGAAAUCAACAUUCGUCCAAUCGAGCUGAAGAACAGAUCAAGAGGCGAUCUCAGUAUCCCUACAAUGACCAUGAACAAGCCUUGCGACCGCUGCUCGCAACAGGUAUCGGAGAGUUCAGGUCCCGGCGGAUUUCGGAUGACCCUGCUCCGUUACGUCACCUCCCGGGAUCCCUCGAGGAGCCUCGCCAGCGCAGGCCCCCACGCCUCAGCUCUCAGGAUGAGGGAAGAGCGGAUAAGCAACGACGACCUGGUAACAACAGGCCUGCCAUCACGCGUCGACAAUUUCCCGAUGAAGCCAUAGAGCGCCUGGGGACAGAUUACCGCGAGCUUCCGACUCGGAAGAUCCAGGCACCAAUCUCCUCUGAUGGGGCCUAUUAUAGCAAAAUCCAUAACCUACUGCCAAGCAAUCGUAACUAUGUCGAAAGACAAGAUCAGAAGCUAACUUCAAGCAAUCGCAACAAUUCCGACAGACGGGAUCAGAGCCUACCCUCCAGUAAUCGCAACAAAUCGGAAAGACGUGGUUUUUCAAAAAAUUCAAGAAAUAACAACUUGAGUCCCGACUCUGGGAAUCGAAAUAGAGAUCACCGCCCGAACCCACACAAGCUAUAGAUUAAUCAGAGUUAACAACCGAGAACCUAUAAGACUGGAUUGUACCCGAUAUGAGCUUAGGGCUCAUUGCCCUUAGGGAGUGCACUGCGACUGCUCUAGAGAUGCGCAAGAAGUUCACCAAGGUAAAGCUUAUCUGAAAUCAUACAACAGGUACAGAACAGCAGCACAGAAGAUUUGGCAACAGCAAAAAGUUACGAAAAUUAGAUUCCAGAAGAUGCAAAAAACGAUAGCUGGCGAGGGGGAGCGGAUCCAAGACUCGUAAACUAA